AUGACCAUGGGAGAAGAGGUGUUGUUUGUGGAUCGCAGAGUCAAGUUCAUCUAUAAUGGUGUCGCCCAGGUAGCAUUGCCCCAGCCAGAGCAGACGCCGUUCGAACAAGAUCUUAACCUCUUCAUCUUGCAGAACGGAAACUAUGGUCACCACAAUAUGUCAUCCCAGAAAGUUAUCUCUACAGCGAUCGAGACGGCUACCCAUACCCUGUUCGAACAGAAUUUUGUCCCAUGGAAGUUUCAUCCUCGUCAUUCCAACUUCGAACCUGCGAUGAAUGCUUCUUGCACAUACAUCAGAACAGUGCAUCUGGAACAGACUGAUGUCGACCCGGCGAACGUAACAAAGCCGCUGGCUGGCGAUGUCGACGAAUCAUACUCGUUGUCUAUCGCGACUGAUGGUCAAGUCACGAUCACAGCGGCCUCCUCUAUUGGCAUUGCCCAUGGCUUGACAACAUUCACCCAGCUGUUCUACAAACACUCCAGCGGUUCGGUCUAUACGCCUUACACUCCAGUGGACAUCACAGAUGCUCCAAUGUUUCAGCAUAGAGGCCUCAACAUGGAUGUAUCGAGGGUCUGGUAUAGUCCUGCUGAUGUUAUCCGAAUGAUCGAUGCUCUGGCGUAUAACAAAUUCAACCGUCUACACCUUCAUAUCACAGAUGCUCAGUCCUGGCCACUCGAGAUACCAGCACUGCCGAUGUUGGCCGAGAAAGGCUCGUACCGUGAAGGUCUGACAUAUAGUCCGUCGACCAUGGCGUAUAUUCAAGACUAUGGCGCCUCUCGAGGUGUGGAGGUAAUCCUUGAAAUCGAUAUGCCCGGUCACACCUCGUCUAUCGCGUACAGCUACCCUGAGCUGAUAGCGGCGUUCAACGAGAAGGACUGGUCGAAAUAUGCUGCCGAGCCGCCGUCCGGUACGUUGAAGCUGAACUCCACAGCAGUGACCAAUUUCCUGGACACUUUGUUCGAUGAUUUGCUUCCACGAGUUCUACCAUACUCGUCCUAUUUUCACACUGGAGGCGAUGAGGUCAACGUCAAUGCCUAUACCCUCGACGAUACUGUACGCUCAAACGAUACUGCAAUCCUACAACCGCUCAUGCAAGCCUUCGUCGACAGAGCUCAUGCCAAAGUGCGAGCUGCUGGUUUGACUCCGAUUGCAUGGGAGGAAAUGCUCUUGACUUGGAACCUGACUCUAGGAUCGGAUGUUGUGAUACAGACCUGGCAGAGCGACGAGGCGGUCGCAGAAACCGUCAGCAAAGGCCACAAAGCUCUUGUUGGCAACUACAACUACUGGCAAUACUAUCCCUACAAUGACUACUGCGCACCACUGCACAACUGGAGAGUGAUGUAUGCCUAUGACCCGCUCAAUGGCGUCCCUGCAAACCUGACACAUCUCGUUCUGGGAGGCGAAGUUCACAUCUGGAGCGAGCAGACUGAUCCCGUCAAUAUCGACAGACAAGUGUGGCCACGUGCCUGUGCAGCCGCCGAGGUUCUUUGGAGCGGCGCCAAAGACGAGCAGGGACAGAAUCGCAGCCAAAUCACUGCAAGUCCAAGAUUGAGCGAGAUGCGGGAGCGCCUGGUCGCGAGAGGAAUUGGCGCCGAGCCCAUUCAGAUGCCAUUCUGUACACAAAACGGCACUCAGUGUGCUCUUUGA